GAUCAGCUCACGGACCAGCCAUGCGAUGACGCCCGUGCCGACGAAGCUCAUGCAGCUGGAGUCGCAGAUGACGGGCCUCGUGCUGCGCGGGGCGCUGACGCGGUGGCGGUCGAGGCGGACGUGCGUGAUGCUGGCAUCAAGGGAAAGACGUACAUCGUGCCCGACGACGUCAAGGAGCAGAUCUUGGCAGCGGUCGUGCCUGGUGACGUGGACGUGGCCUUGCGGAAGAAAUUGCACUCUGCAAUCUCACGGGCGCUCAGUCGCCCGAAUAUCCCGUCAGAGAUCGUGGCCAAGUGGGAGGCUGACUCCAAGAAGAACGCCAGCAAAUUCGCCUUUCUACAGGCGUAUGUGCAGGAUACGAGCUGCGCGGUCAUGGUCAUCCAGGAGAGGCACACCAGGACGAAGUCGGUCUACAGGGAGAAGACCAUGAUAUGGGCAACUAAGUUUCAAGUGUAUGCGAUGUACCAUGCCCACGCGAGUGAGGAGACGAUGCAGUUUUGCAACGACAUGCUGAAGCACGCCAAGCAGAGGUGCAGCGAUGACGCCAAGCACAAGCGGGACAAGAGGUUCAACAUCUACUACGUUCCACUCGCCAACAUCGAGGGCAACAAGGACGAGGUUGCUCGCCAGACCAGCGCGACUCUGACGGGCCACGUUGAUGAGAUGAAUGCUGGGAUGGCAGCAGAUAUGGUGAGGAGCUUAGGUCGAGGCAUCGAGAAGGAUGAGAAGCCCCACGCCGAGAAUGACUCGGGCCCGACGCGGGCCAAAGCCAAGGCCAAGGCCAAGUCGGCUCCUAAGGCUGCCAAGAAGCCUGCCAACCUUUCCCCACGUUCUCUGACUACGGUGGUGAUCAACAAGUUGUCGGCUGACAUUUCGGCCAUCAACCGGGUGCUCAAGGCGCUGGAUACCUGCCAGAAUAAGUUCAAGCAGUCGGUGAUUGAUGCGAUCAAGAUCAGCGAGCCCAAGGUGACGUCUGCUCUUGCUACCUUCCACGAGCUGCUGCAAGGCGACCGACCAACCUUGUCGGACGUGGUCGAGAAGUUCCACUCCAUCAAAGGUGAUUCUGAUUCACUCAACGAGGACUUGCUAGAGGCCCGGAGGAUCCUCGGCGAGAACAUCAAGAAGCCGACGUCUGUCUUUGACGGGCAGCUCGAGGCCAAGAUGAGGGCUGCGGAGGCGCAGCUCGACACGGCGGAUGGCGUCGACGCCGCUGCCGACCUCCAUGCCACGGAUGGCAAGGAGGAGUCAUGA